AUGACGACUUUCCCGCUCAGCGAGCUCACGUCCGGCAUGGUCUCGCAGGCGACUAUGUCCCUCACCACGACGUAUUCUCCCGGCGCGACGCCUCCCAUCCAAGGAGCUCCUGCUCUUCCUACUGCUUUCGUCUUCAACUCCGCGGACUGGCCCGCCCAGGACAAAGUUCCCGACACCAGCUCGGACGAAGUCCAGCAAUGGCUGAAAGAACUCGACGGGUUCGAUAUCCCAGACUGGGACCCGACCGUCGACGGAACCUGCGCGUCCGACCCGACCUCGAGCGGAGAGGCCAAGGACCGCGGCUGGUGGACGUGUGGUGGAUACACCCGCGAGACCGAUAUCGUCGCUUGUCCUGACCCGCUCACCUGGGGUGUCAGUUUCGAUGACGGGCCCGGUCCUUAUACCCAGUGCCUUCUCGAUUACUUGAACACGGAGAACCUCCUCGCGACGUUCUUCGUCGUUGGCUCGCGUGUCAUUGAGCGUCCGAGCGUGCUCAUCGAGGAGUACAUGACCGGCAACGAGAUCUCCGUCCACACCUGGUCCCACCCCCACCUCACCUCCCUCACCACCGAAGAAAUCGUCGCCGAACUCGGCUGGACCCGCAAAGCCAUCCAAACCGUCCUCGGCGUCACACCCACAACCAUGCGUCCCCCUUACGGCGACAUCGACGACCGCGUCCGCGCCAUUUCCCUCGCUAUGGGUAUGGUGCCCAUCAUCUGGACGCGCACCGACGAGGCCGGCCAAUUCGACACGAACGACUGGAAGGUCGCGGGUGGGCUUGUCACCGGCCCGGACUCGUUCGCGACGUUCGAGGCGAUCUUGGGUAAUGCGAGCACGAUGGAUACGGGGUUCAUCGUGCUUGAACAUGAUUUGUAUGCGGUUACUGUGGACCUUGCGAUUGGGUAUACGCUCAGCGCGGCGCUGACGCAUGACCCUGCGUUUACCAUCAAGCCGAUUGGGAACUGCUCGAAGAUCCCCGCUACGAACAUGUAUGCGGAAACAAACACGAACACGUCAUUCCCGUACUCGAACUCGACGAGCUCAGCGGCGAGCGUGAGCUCGAACUCGGGUAACUCUUCGUCUUCGUCGAACUCGACGAGCGGGGCGUUGCCUGCUGUGCUUGGAGGCGCGAGUGGGGUCGUGGGGUUGGCGGUGGGCGUGGUGGUCGCUGGGAUGCAUGCGAUGUUUGUUUGA